GUUGUGAAACACCGCAGGAGGAUUCUGUCUCCAGCUUUCUCUCUCUAUGCUCCUUUCUCCUGCACUCCUGGCCUCCUGAAGAUGCCCAGRAGAGGAGCCCUUUGCGUGGGGACACUCCUGGUGCUGCUGCAGCUGGCAUUUGUGCCGUCCCCGCUGGCAGGGUGUCUCCUCAACCCCUGCGUGGAGAUAACCCCUAACACAAGUUUCAGAUGCACAGGGCUGAACAUCUCUGGAGUUCCUGAGGSAGUCCCAAACACCACCCAGAACCUGGACCUCAGUUUCAGCAAUCUGAAAUCACUGGGGUCAAAUUAUUUUGCAUCAGUCCCUGAGCUGCAGCUUCUGGACCUUUCAAGGUGCCACCUCCACUCAAUAGAAGAUAACUCCUUUAUGGACCUCCCUAGACUUUCCACCUUAAUUUUAACAGCCAAUUCYCUCCAGCACCUGGGCAAAGCAGCUUUCCACGGCUUAACAUCACUGAAAAAACUGGUGCUGGUGGAAACCAACAGAACCUCUCUGUCUGAGCUGCCCAUUGGCCACCUGCACACCCUGCAGGAGCUGAAUUUGGGCCACAACAGCAUCACUUCACUGAAGCUUCCCAAAUAUUUUGCCAACAUGACCUCCCUCAGGCACCUGAGCUUUUUCUCCAACAAGAUCACAUCGAUCUCCAGAGGAGACCUSGAUGCCCUGAGGGGAGGGAACAGGCUCAACCUCACGCUGGUGCUGUCCUUGAACAACAUCAAAUCCAUCGAGCCGGGGGCCUUGGCAGGGAUUCACCUGGCUGAGCUGGCUCUCAGGUCCACUUUUGAGAACUUCAGCGUGAUGCAGGAGUCCCUGCAAGGCCUGGCUGGUUUGCAGGUCAGCAGGCUCGUGCUUGGGGAAUUCAGUGAUGCUGAGAGGCUGGAAGGCUUUGAGAGRGGGCUCUUGAGUGGGCUGUGCCAGGUACAGAUGGAAGAGUUUGUCUUGUUCUGCCUCGAGGAUUUUGAGCAUGACACAGACACUCUGUUUGACUGCAUAARCAACGUCUCCACCAUUCGCCUGGUGGACCUCGGACUCGAGAAAAUAUCAGAGGUUCCCCCGYUGUCCAAAGUGAAACACCUGGAAUGCAAGAAAUGUGAUUUUGAGGAGGUGCCUGCCUGGAAGCUGUCGCUUUUCAAGGAGCUCAGAGUGCUUCGUAUCACCAAGAACAGAAGCCUCAAAGACUUCAAGCAGAAAUUUGAGGGUCUCAGUAAGCUGGAGGUCAUGGAUUUUAGUGAAAAUAGUCUCAACAUCCGUACCUGCUGUUCCCCUAAGUUUCAGAACUGUCCAAAUUUGAAACACUUGAACUUAAGCUUCAAUUCUUAUAUCAGACUGACUGGAGAUUUCACCAGUGUGAAGAAUUUGUUGUAUUUGGACCUUCAGCACACGACUUUAUUUGGUCCUGGCUCUUACCCCGUCUUCCUGUCCCUUCAGAAACUGAUUUACCUUGAUAUCUCYCAUACCAAAACUGAAGUGAAAUCCCAGUGCACGUUUUGUGGCUUGAACUCUUUGCAGGUGCUCAAGAUGGCAGGGAACUCCUUUGGAGACAACAAACUGGCAAACAACUUCAAAAACCUAACUCACCUCCACACCUUGGAUAUUUCAAGCUGCAAGUUAGAACAGGUGGAUCCCAGUACUUUUGACGCCCUCUCUGAGCUCAAAGAGCUAAACAUCAGCAACAAUAAGCUCCUGACCUUCGAUCCUGGGGUCUACCAGCCACUCCAAGCGCUCAGAGUGCUGGAUUUCAGCAGGAACCAGCUGACUGUGCUGCUGGAAUCAGCUCGGGAGGUUCUUCCCCACAGCCUGGUCCUGUUGGACAUCUCUCAAAACCUGUUUGACUGYUCCUGUGUGUACCUGGACUUCCUGAAGUGGGUGAAAGAAGAGCGGGAGCUGCUGCAGAAUGAGGAGCUGAUGCUGUGCCACAUGCCCUCCUACGUGGCCAACGUGAGCCUGCUGAGCUUUGACCUGUCCUCCUGCCACGUCAGCAUGGGCACGGUUGUCCUCUCCAUGUUCUUGCUGUCCUCUGCACUGCUGCUCCUCUUCCUGAUUUACAGGUACUACUUCCAGCUCUACUACUCCCUGGUGCUGCUCAGUGGCUGCAAACACUCUGCACAAAGAGGAGAGACUUACGAUGCCUUCGUCAUCCACUCCAGCAAGGACCAGGAAUGGGUGAUAAAGGAGCUGGUGGAGCCCUUGGAAGGAGGGACCCCUCCCUUCCACCUGUGCCUGUACUUCAGGGACUUCCUGCCAGGGGUGCCCGUUGUCACCAACAUCAUCGAGGAGGGUUUCCUCAGCAGCAGGAAYGUCAUCGCCGUCAUCUCCACCGACUUCCUGGAGAGCAAGUGGUGCAGCUUCGAGUUUGACAUCGCCCAGUCGUGGCAGCUGGUGGAGGGCAAGGCUGGGAUCAUCAUGGUUGUGCUGGAAGGUGUGAACAAAGCYCUGCUGAGGCAGAGGCUGGGGCUGUCCCGCUACCUGAGGAGGAACACCUACCUGGAGUGGAAAGACAAGGAAAUAAGCAAGCACAUCUUCUGGAGGCAGCUGACAGGAGUCCUGCUGGAAGGCAAAAAUUGGCAUCAGGAGGAGGUGAAACUCAUGUGAAGAGGAAGAGGGGUUCCUCCUCUCGUCUGCCAUCCUGGUCUGGGCUGAUGGUGCUCAGAAAUUGCUGUUCAGAGGGGAUGGAGGCACUGCCAAAGCACUACAGAAUCUCCUGCCUUGCUGGCCACCUUUCCUCCAGGGAAUUUGCAAGUUAAGGAGUGACAAGAGCCAGAAGAGCUGCCUGAG